UUGGCGUCCAGGGUUCGAUUCGAGACUUCAGCUGUUCGUUUCACCUGCAGCUCGAUCAGCGGGAUUCAAACGUGGUUUGACGCGUGAAAAUGUCUUCCACUGAACCAGCGGACUUUCUACGAGAGCGCAACAAAGAUCUACUGAAGCGGCUGAAGCAGCAGAGGGAGAAACUGGAGCGUGUGAGCGGCUGCAGCCGGAAGAGCGACCGAGAGGACGAGGCGGAGGAGAGGAGACAGCCCGGGGAGACGGUGCCUGGGACCGAUGGAGGCCGAGGUCCGACCAGACCCACCCUCACCAGACCCACCCUCACCAGACCCACCGUGAGAAUUGCGGAAUGUGCGGACUCGUCAGACAUUCUCGAUGACAGUGAAAAACAUCUUCAAAUCCAGGACAGGCUGCAGGACACAACAUCACACAUGACCAAGGCCUGUUUAGUGAAGAACUACAAAGAUGAUAGUGAGGAGCUGAGCCCAGUCGAAUUUGACGAAUGUGUAGAGACCCCUGUGUCUGACAGGCAUCAUUUGCAGCCCUUGCUUGGAUAUGACUGGAUAGCAGGAGUCCUUGAUGCUGAGGACACAUUUGUGGAGCGCUCUGAUGAAUUCUUCAACGAUCUCCGCAAUUUCCGAUCGCUCCACAGGGAUGAGUGUGUCCACAGCCCACAAGCAGAAUUAUCUGUGGAGAACCAUUCGGGGCUGCUAACAGACAAGGAUGACACCGAAGCCAACACAGACACUCAUGAGUGUACAUUCUCUUACAGGAUUAACAGUAGACUGUUCCCGGUCCCGCUUCACGAUCAGGAGUGCUGUCCUGUCUGCAAAAGGCACAAGUCCUCCCACCCUCACACUACUGCUGAACCAGCUCUUAUCAGGGUCAUCAUCCCUCGCUCCACUCUCUUGCCAGCAUACAAGUACAAAGCCCACCGGCGAUGUAGCUUUGACUCUUCUGACAGUUUGGGGUUACCUUCGCACUGUCUCUCAGGCUGGUCCCACACAGGUCAGAGCACCCUGCCACCACCCAGUAGCCUCGACCUGCAGAGCAGUUUGAAUAAGAAGAACAAUGAACUUGAGAAUCUGUCUGUGCCUGUGAACCAGAUCUCUGACCAGAUAUCAAAUGUGUCAAAGUUGGCACGUCACAACUUCCAACACUUCUCUCCAAGGAAUAAAAUGGGAAGCACAUCGCACCCCGGGUGCUGACGAAUGAAACUGUUUAAGUGAUCAUUGUUUAUGCUGCGAGACAUUAGACACCAUCCAAGAUGAUUUCCCAUGGAUAAUGAUGGACGACAUGACAGCUCCCCAAAAAUGAAGCCGAAGCAUCUUUAUGCCAGGUGGCUGGCUGUGGUAUAGAUGAUAAACCCAGCCCUCUCUAUGUUAGUGAAUGGUACAUGGACCAAACUAAAACGCCAAAAUUCAUGUCAAAUACAUUUUGAUGGUCCCCAUCAUUUCCAGUAGUUCCGAUAACACCGACGUUUGUUCAAGUGGUCAUUUGUUCAGUAGGUUUGGCAUUAAUUAGUUAUUAGGGACAUGAGCCUAUCUUCUAUAUACAGUCUGUGAUCUGUUCGUCUUUUUUUGUAAACAGUUCAUUUCGAUAAUGCCUUUCUUUUACGUCUCUAGGAAAUGUGUUUGCUUAAAUUAGAUUUUUUUGUAACAAAAAACAUUGGAUUGAUAAUGUAAGACUUUUUCCAAACAGAUUAAGCUCUACACGUGACUGUGGGCCUCAUGGAUGUGAGGCCAGAGGUUUUACGCCACAGUUUAAUGAAACCAUAUUAUUCCUAAAAGUUAAAUUUGAGUUUUCUCUGUAAAUCUCACAAUACAGAGGAAGUCGUUUUGAGUCAUGUUUGUUGCUUGGAGACGUCUGUUUGUUUCCCUUUCCAGCUGUACACUUUGGCUAACAGGUUCACGCGCAUUUUAUUUUUUAACUUCCUUUGACACUUCCUCACUGUGAUACCAUAAAGACGGUAGAAGCAAAGGCAGUAGGUACUAUACAUGUGUUGUAUUUCACAGGAAAUCACACCCACUUAAACUUCAUGUCAAUUACUUUAGCCUUCCCCGCAGACACUGUAAAUGUUUUUGUGUCAUGGAGGUCGAUUUGAAGAAAAUGUAUCAGGGUGUGUUAAAAUAAAAUCAAGAAAAAUGUAGGUAAAUAAAUUUAGGUGCUGCCUGCAGCUGACCUGGUAGAGCUGCCACCACAACCUGCAGAGGCCCGGGUUCAAUUCUGACCCACAGCCACUUAUGCAUGUCCUCCCCCACUCUCUCUCUCUCUAUCCCCCAUUUCACAAGCUUACUAUCUCCUAUCCAUUAAAAGGCAGUAAAAAGCAAAAGACAGUUUCAACUAACGAACAAAGUGUAAUACAUCAUAAGAAGUUAUUUAAUAAAACAAACAAGUACAAGAGCAAGGGGCUGCUGCGCGACUGGAGUAGCAGAGAUUGAGGAUGUGGGAGGGGAAACUUUAAAAUUAAAUGUCAGCAUCUUGUACAGGAACAAAAAAAAUGAGACGCAUGGGCAUUAAACCGGGCACAACAUGAGCGAAUGUACUGUGGCAUAUUUAUAAGGGGAAAGUUUUUAACGAAAAUAAAGUAGUUGUGGGCGAAGUGGACUUCUGUGGCUUUCUCAGUAGCACGUCAGUGUUGCUCAGUCACACGGUAUCUGGUUGAAAUUAUCUUUUGAUCAGAACAGCUCCACUAUCCUACCACAUCUUACACCUUAGGCAUGAGCGUUUUCUCCUAAGUACUCCUAAAAUUUAGAAGGAGUACUUUAAAAUCUAAAUAGAGUAGAUAUGGAUCAUGUCCUCAUAAUUCAAAAACUAAAAAACUAAUUUAGAUGAACAGUUGACACACACAACUGGGCUCUGAGGGACUUCACUGUAUCUGGACUUGUCUGGGUAUAAACAAGAAGAGAAACUAUAACUGAUUCCACUUCCUGUUUCCUCUGCUACUGAGUUUAUUUCAUAGCCAAGAAGUGAGCCCUGAACAUUGUCCACCUAUUCACACAAUUGAAUUAGACAAAGAGCAUGGAGGAUAAACACAUUUUCACACUUGUACUUGUAUGCUUAUUAUUAUACAGCAAGUACCUUACACUAUAAUAAUGAAUGUAGGAGAAAUGAAUUGACCAUGGUGGGACCAGCAUUUUUGGCUACUGCUGGUUUCGCAAUAGAAGUAACUCACCAAAGUCCCAGGACCCGACUUUUGUAUUUGGUUCUGGUUUAGUUGGAGGACACUUCAUGGAACAGCCAUUGGUAAUGUUAUUAAAUUCAAAUGUGCUUUUUUCUGUAAUGGCAUUUAAAAACAUUCACUGUGAAAAGGCUUCACCAGUUUGGAUUUUAGAUAUGUCCUAUUAUAAUGAUUAUGUAUGUUUAAAAUAAAUUUAUAGUACUUUGUGGA